AGAGAUGUUGUCAUCUCGUUCGACGGACUGUCUGGUGUGGACGGUUCGGCGCGAUUUGGUUUCGGUCAAACGAAAGCACUUGCAUCUGUAUCAGGUCCAAUCGAGGUGCGGUUGGCUGUUGAGCAAGCGUCGAAGGCGACGUUUGAAGUGAUUGCUAGGCCUCUUGCUGGGUUACCUGGAACGGAAUCGAAAGCAUUAGCAUCCGCAUUACGAAGUGCACUCCUCCCGAGUAUGAUCCUGACGAACAACCCUCGUACGCUGGUACAGCUCGUCGCGCAGUCGCUCACUCCCUCCACUACAACAACAAGUAAUAGGAGUGGCCAACUCGGCAGUGUAAAUUCUAAGUCCUUCCGAACCAGCCCCGCACUAGUCGCAGCACACAUAAACGCAGCCUCUCUCGCACUUCUCAACGCGUCCUCAAUCCCACUUCGCGGAGUCGUAUGCGCCGCGUCUGUCGGUCGCGUACGUCGUAAUCCAGAUAACGACAGCGAUAGUGCUCUACUCGUCGUUGACCCGUCAGAGGAUGAACUUCAUUCACUCGACGGUAUAGGGGCAUUCGCAUUUCUCAUUAGC